AUGAGCGGUCUCGCCGAUCCACCGUCCUCCAGACCUACCUUUGCCGGACCUGCAGAUGCGCCCGGCAAAACGCGAGAUCUUCCUGUUCUUUCGCAAUCUGCCCGCAAUUCUCCCACUGCGAUGGAGAUCACGCCUGCUUCGUCCGGUGCCGCUGGCGGAAACCAGGCCCAUAACAGUCCUGAUGGGGAUCGUACAGGCGCAAUCAGCGCCAACGGCGCCGAGGUCGGGGUCUCAGGCAAUCACCAGAAUUCCGCCGUGGGAGCCGCGGCCGCAGCACAGCAACCCAAGGUGGUACAAACGGCAUUCAUCCAUAAGCUUUACAAUAUGCUCGAGGAUUCGAGCAUUCGGCAUUUGAUCGCCUGGUCUGGCACCAACGACAGUUUCGUUAUGUCGCCCACGUCGGAGUUCUCCAAAGUUCUUGCUCAAUAUUUCAAGCAUACCAAUAUAUCAUCCUUUGUGCGCCAGUUGAAUAUGUACGGGUUUCAUAAAGUGAGCGACGUCUUUCACACUGGAACACCGGAUACCGCUCUUUGGGAAUUCAAGCACGGUAACGGCAAUUUCAAACGAGGGGACUUGGUGGGUCUGCGUGAGAUCAAACGUCGCGCCUCGCGACACGCUUUGAUUCAUCGCGACUCUUUCCCGAGUCAUAAAGCUCCUGCGUCCCAGCCCGGCACCCCGGCAGAGCCGGUGCCUGACACCACGGAGGCCCGACUUAUGAAUCUGGAAUAUAGUCUACACGACAUGCACGCCCGCCUCACUCGCGCCGAGGAAGGCAAUAUCGUCCUGGCUUCCAAAUGCCAGAGCAUGGCGGAUGGUCUGGUCAAAUGCUAUCAAUGGACGCACUCCAUCUCUCGCUUUUUGCAUGGGGUAGUUCCUAACCAGGAUAGUCCUCUAUAUCAUGACAUCUUGGGCAUGCAAAGAGAAGUCGAAAAGCAGCUGGAAUCUGUGCGCGCGAUGGAAGUAUCGCACGAGUCCCUCAUGCCGCCACGUCAACCCUUUUACGGCAACAUGCCAAUGGAGUCGGGUCCUCCCUUAUCCCCUCGUCAAUUACCUCAGGACGACAGCCGCCGCCAGUCCAUGAUUCGACCACCGGUACCUCCACACCUAGCUGUGUCGCCGCGGCGUUACGGCUCCAUUGGGGGAGCUAACGCGCCCAUCCCUAAUUAUAAUCGACUACAGCCGCCGAGUGCUGGACCGCCGCCGCCACCGCCGCAUCAAACCCAACAACCGGCACCGCAUCCUCUUUCCAUCUCGACUUCCCCAGGACCCUCAAGUCUGGGCCGCCGUCACACCUUUGCAGAUAUUCGGCAAGCCGACUGGCCUCCAAAUGGCCCAUCUCCGUUUCCUCCUGGCAAUGCCGGUGCAAAUGGUGGAGCCAGUGGACCAUGGCCUUCAUCGCCGCACCGGGUGCCGACGAGUAGCGAGCAGCAAGUCCGAGAUGUGCUCGCCCAGUAUGAAAUGGGUGCCCCUCGAAGAUUCAACGACCAUUCUCGUCAUGCAACUCCACCCAUCGGGGCUGAAGCAUCCCCGUCGAUGCUGACUGCCGAUAAUGGCUGGUCAAUUGGGGGCUCUCGCUUCCACCGCCAAGAAUCCUCUCUCCCAGCAACUCGUCGGUCCAGCAUGGCAAGCAAUGUCCAUUCUCUCCUGAAUCCUGCCGACACUGCCGAGCGACCCGACGAAGAUCAACAGGAAGAUCGGAAACGAAAGCGCUUGGAGUAA